AUGGCUUUAUUGAAGAGUGACAUGAUGUAUCUUGUAUCUAGACGUGUAUGUGUUACGCCGGGUAACAAGAAGACGCUCACGUGUUACCAAUAUCAUGUGACUGACUCAGUGAGGAUCAGCAAGCUCAGUACUGAGCCAUACUGA